UUGAUCAUUUAAACGUCCUGGGCCCUGCAUUUCACGGAGAACCCCUUUAAAUUCCAACUACAUAAAAUAUUUAAAUAUAUUAUAAACAAAUUCCCUUUUACGGUGUCGGACUGACAAGGCUUGAGGGCUUUUUUUCUUUUUUUUUUUCUUCAUCCUUUUUUGGGGGGGGAGGGUUAUUUCCACCCAGGAAACGUGCCACCACCACCACAACCACCAGCAGCAGAAGGAGUAAGAGCAGCAGCAGCAGCAGCAGAGGAAUAUAUCCCAAUAUCCCAUCCCGGGCACGUCGGAUAAGCCGCAGCAGCGAAAGCACGAGGCGAAUAUUGCAGAGGACGGGAAGGAGAACAUGCUGCGCGGGAUUUCACACCUCUCACCCCGCCUGGGCAGCAGUUUGGGCUUGUUAUGGGGGUGACCGGAAGGCGAAAGUGACAGAAGAACAGUGAUGCUAUUGUUUACAUAACGAGAGACUCACACACAUGCACAUACACACACACACACACACACACGUACACUUACACAUAUACCCACAGACAUGCACCCAGGCUUAAAUCGCCAGUCCAAGACACACACAAUCACUUAAACACUUCAGCACAUACAUACACUGACAGUUGCGUUUCUAAGGGACUCACUGACUGAGUCACUGCACACUCAGAGGCACGGAAACAUUGACUCACGCACACACACAUAGACAGACUCAUACACAAGGGGAAAAGGUUGCUUGCAUGAGACAGGACUGAGUGUUGUGUGCGUUAUGGGCCAAGUUGAGCUGCAGCUGUGUGUCAGUGCUGGAUACCUCUGAGGGGUCGGCCGUGAGCUCCAACCUGCCUCCAGUAUCUUCCAUCCUCUGCUCCCACCCCUCAUCUUUCAGCUUAACAAACCGCCAUGUCUGAGCUGAGGACCAGCAGUAUCUGCCCUCCCUCAUCCCUUUCCUCCCCAUUAGGAUUUCCAUGCCUGUUCUUUUGCUUCUUCCUCUCCUUUUCCGUACAACCACCCCCCUCAUCAGCCCAGCAGACUGUACCUGUCAUUUCUACGGUGCAAGGGCGCAUCCGUGGCAUCCUGACCCCCUUGCCCUCAGACCUUCUGGGACCUGUCAUCCAGUACCUGGGAGUACCGUAUGCCAGGCCUCCAACAGGGGAUCGACGCUUCCAGCCGCCUGAGCCACCAUUACCAUGGCCGGGAAUACGUAAUGUGACGCAGUUUGCUCCUGUGUGCCCGCAGUCGUUGGAUGAGAGGAGCAUGCUGGGAGACAUGAUGCCAUCCUGGCUCACUGCAAACCUGGAUAUAGCGGCGACUUACCUCACUCACCAGAGCGAGGAUUGUCUCUACCUCAACAUCUAUGUGCCCACAGAGGAAGACAUCCACGAGGAGGGGGGUCAGCGGCCAGUGAUGGUGUAUGUCCACGGAGGCUCGUAUACAGAAGGCACUGGCAACAUGAUGGAUGGCAGUGUGCUAGCAAGCUAUGGCAACGUCAUUGUCAUAACCCUCAACUACCGUCUUGGAGUAUUAGGAUUUCUUAGCACAGGUGACCAGGCAGCAAAAGGCAACUAUGGCUUGCUUGAUCAGAUCCAGGCUCUGCGCUGGGUGAAGGAGAACAUUGCUGCCUUUGGCGGAGACCCAAAUAGGGUCACAGUGUUUGGAUCUGGUGCUGGGGCGUCCUGUGUGAGCCUCCUCACCUUGUCCCACUACUCAGAGGACCUGUUUCAUAGAGCCAUUAUCCAGAGCGGCAGUGCUUUAGCCAGUUGGGCCGUCAACUACCAGCCAAGCAAGUAUGCUCGGCAGCUCGGUGAAAGGGUUGGAUGUGGCAUCGACGACAGCACUCAGCUGGUCACCUGCCUACAGGGCCGGAGUUAUCGUGAACUUGUGGAACAAAACGUAACGCCGGCUAAAUAUCACACAGCUUUUGCUCCGGUGAUUGAUGGCGAUGUCAUACCUGAUGACCCCCAGAUUCUGAUGGAGCAGGGAGAGUUUCUGAACUAUGACGUGAUGCUGGGGGUUAAUCAGGGAGAGGGUGUGAAGUUUGUGGAGGGCAUUGUGGAUUCGGAGGACGGCGUCACUGCUGAGGACUUUGACUUUGCUGUGUCGGACUUUGUGGAUAGUUUAUAUGGAUAUCCAGAAGGCCGAGAUACACUGAGAGAGAGCAUAAGGUUCAUGUACACUGACUGGGCAGACAGAGACAAUGCAGAAACCCGACGGAAGACACUGGUAGCACUUUUUACAGACCACCAAUGGGUGGCACCUGCUGUUGCCACAGCUGACCUCCAUGCUCAAUAUGGGUCUCCCACCUACUUCUACUCCUUUUACCACCACUGCCAGAGUGAUGCCACGCCGCCCUGGGCUGAUUCUGCCCAUGGUGAUGAGGUGCCCUAUGUGUUUGGUGUGCCCAUGGUGGGUCCCACUGACCUGUUCAACUGUAACUUCUCCAAGAACGACGUGAUGCUGAGCGCAGUAGUUAUGACUUACUGGACCAACUUUGCCAAGACUGGUGAUCCAAACCAGCCAGUUCCUCAAGAUACCAAGUUCAUCCAUACAAAGCCGAAUCGUUUUGAAGAGGUUGCCUGGUCUAAAUACACCCCUAAAGAGCAGAUGUACCUUCACAUUGGCCUCAAGCCUCGUGUCAGAGACCACUAUCGUGCCACUAAGAUCUCUUUCUGGCUCCAGCUGGUCCCCCACUUGCAUCACGUCAAUGAGCUCCUACAGUCGGUGUCUUCUUUCACCCACAGUCCCUCUCCACAGGAUGACACACCUUAUUCUUAUACUAAGCGUCUAUCCAAAGGUUGGCCUCCAAGCAGUACACGUCACCCAGGUUCACAAGGAGGCACUCCACAGCCGCCAGAGUCUGCUUUAGGCCAGGAUGGAGGGGAAAAUGUGGUUCGUGUCCCAAAUGAGGACUACUCCACUGAACUUUCUGUGACAAUAGCAGUGGGUGCCUCACUGUUGUUUUUAAAUAUACUUGCAUUUGCUGCUUUGCUGUAUAAGAAGGACAAACGACGUCUGGAACAUCGUAGGCCACGCCCACUUCCACCUCCUAGAAGAGACAUCACACCUGCAGAUGUUGCAGCCCACCUGCAGGGGGAGGGGCUGAUGUCAUUACAAGUGAAGCAGCUGGAGUGUGAUGUUGCCUCAGCUGAUGAGAGGAACAACACUCACCACCAUCACACUCUGGACACCCUCGAUGCUCUGGACGGCUUGGAUACCCAGGACAUCUACAGCACACUGGAUACUGUUCGCCUCACCUGCCCACCCGAUUACACUCUCACCUUGCGGCGCUCCCCUGACGAUGUGCCCCUCAUGACCUCUCUGACCCCGGGCUCGUUGCCUGUGACCCCAGGGUCACACCCUGUUACUCCUGCAACGCCAAUGACCCCAAUGACGCCAGGAUCAGUGGUCGGUAUGAGGAUGGGGCAUCCUCACCAAGGAUACACACACCACAGCCCAUAUAGUAAUACACACUUGCCGCACACACACAUCUCCACACAUACACACUCCACUACACGUGUAUAACCGCAGCCAGAUGCUGGCAAAUACAGGGACAUAGUUACUUCUUACACUCAUGCUUAAAUAUGCACACAAACACACACACUCACUGGAACAAACACACAAAAAAUCAGACUGAAAUACCUCUACUAAUUACCCUGCAGGAUUGUUACAUAUGAAACGACAAGCAGACAUUUUUCAGUAACAGGAUGAAAAGACAAACAGCUGUGUGUUGCAUGUCGGGGAGUCUUCAGACAGACUGGAUCCCUUGAGGUGCAGUUCAGUGCAUCAUUCGCUCACAACCCUGAUGAGCCAAGACAUCCAGCAAAAUGUCUAAAAAAAAACCUGCUUUGGAUUUUAAAAUCAGCUUUUUCUACACCUGAGGAGGAAGAUGAGGAAUGCUGUGGCAGAAGGGUCAGCUGUGGAUGGCUUUACGGCACGUGAGCUGCGUAGUGCAGCCGUGUUGGGACUACGGGGCGCGGAUGUGGAGCUGAGUUAAUACCACACACAGACUGCUGAUGUCAACUUGAACAACCUGUGAAAUGUGAAUGUAGCAUUUUUUUUUUCCAUUAAAAAGAUCAAAGGCCCUAUCUGCCAAGGAUCAGACUGAGCUGAGGAGAAAAUAACAAAUUUCAGCGAGCGAUGGAUGUAAAAACAGACAGAGAGGAAGAGGAGGAUUAAAAAAAGAAAAAAACAACAUUAGCUGUAGGAAGUAGUGCAAUGGUGGCAAAGAGAUUAAGAUUUCAUUGAGUGGGAUUUAACAGCUGUGAGAGCGAGAAAAACGAAGGAAGAUAGAGUGAUAUGAAAAACACCAACAUGGAAAGUGUGCCAAGAGACAGAAGUUCGGUUCAGACGAGGAAAGGGCCUCUGAAGUGUCGCCAGACUUACUGAGGAAUCACUCUAACCAGCUAUGUGUUAAACUCUUGUAAAUAGAAUGGAAAGAUACAGAUGAUAUAUUAUGAUUUAUAGCAUUUACCUGCUCUUGCAUUAAACAUGACUUAUUUAACCACAUUAUUGCUUUCAUUUCAGAUAUUGAUAUAUUAUUGUAUAGAUAUUCUGAAGCAAGGCUGGUUGUCUUUUCUAUCUCACCCACUGUAGUAUGUACACAGUACCUUUAUUUAAAAGCUAUAUUUGCUAUGCACAGUCAUUUAAAUAAUUCUUAACUAUGUGAGCGUUUAGGUACUUGUUUAGUAGCUGAUGUAUAAGACAUUCUUCACUUCAUCCUGUCUAUUUUUGACCAUCAGAUGAUGAACUAGUACUGUGUAGAUAAUGCAAUAUUGGUUUGAUGAUUGAGCACCAGCCAAAAACCACAAACCUUUGAACCUAACCCUUUGUUCCUGAAUUUCUUCCUGAAUGCCUUUCUUUUAAGAACCCUAACUCUAAUUAAGGUGAUGAUUCAGGGGGUCCUAAAUUAAAGCAAACUUAAAAAAUUCUGGGAGUUUUUUUUUUUUUUUUCUCUAACCUUUAUUAUUUUAAACUUUACAAGGGGCCCCAGUGUUUCAAGUAGAGCCCCUGAUUGAACUACCUAAUGCUAUGAAAUAUUAUUCUUUUUAAAGGUUCUGAUAAACAGAUUUUGGCCAAGUUGGAUUAAAUCUAUAAUAUAUUGCCACCUUCUCCAAACAAAAUGUUGUAACUGAGAAUUUGUCCACAGUACCAUUCAUACUGUUGGAAAUAUGUGGCUAGGUUGCACUUAUUUUAAGUCUGGAGUUUGGUUUACUGUCUUCAACUAUGGUUUGGAGCUAGAUUUAAUUAAUAAGGUGGACUAUGGCUGAAGUUGAGGAGAAAGAGUCACCUUGGCUUUGUGUGAUAAUAAGACUGGACACUGAAAGCAAACAUGAUUACAAUGUGCUGCCUUUUAAGCCUCAACAUCCUCCUAAAGGAGCAACAAUACACAAUUUAGAAGUUAAAUCCAGGCAAGUUAAAUCUAUUAUUAAAAUCUCAGUCAUCAUCAUGACUGACUUUAUUGAGAUUUUCUUGCUGACUUUAUUGUGAGUGCUCCGGGGCUAUCAUGGCUACUGCUUUGUGUCAUUAAAAUUAGAUACCAAGCAUUUAUUAAACAUUCAAAAUAAUAAGUCAUGUAUAGAAGGCCUGGUACUGUCAUGGAAACCAUAAAAAGAGACAAGGUCUUGGUUAUGAAGCUAAAAUAUUCUCCACUUAAUCAAAUGACUACAGAUUCAGUAACUUGAAUAAAGGCCAUGUUGCCUGUUUAAGCCUUUCCUUAACCUUGGUUCCUCCCUCCCUUGUCCCUUUCCCCUUUCAGCCUCAUCUGUGUGACUAGAUGCAGCUUUGUCACAGUGAGGCCUAUUUAACCUCCUCUUAUCCUAAGUAACUUCUUCAUGAGAGAUUUUCAGUUAAUUGUUAACAGAACAUGUGAAAAUGAAAGCUGAAGUUUUUGUGGAUGGCAAACAAAGAACUUUUACAAAAUUAUACAAAAAUAACAUUUAAGAGAUGUUUGACUGAAUUUUUUUUCUUAUGGGUUUUCCAACUCAGCGGAUGGCUGGAUUGUGACAAGCAUAAAACAUUUCUGCUGCAUUUUUGAAAAA